AUGUUGAGGCCAGCCGCCAGAGGAGUGUUGAGACGGCCUGUUCAUGGCCCGCUGGACGGAGCUCCUGGUCCUCGGGAGCUCUGGAAGGAGGGCAGCGAGGUUGCAGUCCACGAGAUUGGAGUCGAGGACAUGGAGAUCGGCUCCUUCAUCGCCUUCACCGACGCCUCAUACUACGGAGCCAAGAUGAAAGUGGCCGGCACUUUGAAAGGGGUGGAUGUGCAGUCGGAAGCAAUUCACUACCACCUCAACGUGACGGGGACGACAUCAGAAGGCCUGCUCAAAUACCAGAGCGGGAGACCAGGGACCACGAUCAGGAUUCACCGUUGCCCGACCACGUGCACGGGCGAACGCAUCGCGGAGGACCUGGUGCAUGGCCUGAGGAUGCAGCGUCCUUCACGGCUGGGAGGAGAAGAGGGUUGGAUGCGAAGUCUCGAAGCAGUCGACCCAGUCGAACCAGGCAUGGACGAGCUUGGCGCCUUGCGUGCUCGGGACGCCGGUUUGGCUCCUGUUCGAGGAGAUCAUCCAGACGAUGGAGGAGGAAAGGCCGCCGAGGACAAGGGCAAGCAUCGGAGCCCCAGCCGAAAGAAGGAAAAGAAGAAAGAGAAGAAGAGGAGCAGAGGCAGGAGCUCGAAGAAGAAAAAGAAAGGGAAGCACCGCAGUCCGAGCCCGAAAGACAAGGAGGACAAGCUGGAUGGAAGACAACCCCGUCUUGCAUCCAUGAAGGACUACGACAACCUGUUCGCGGGGACAGGGUUGGACAGGAGAGAAAAAGUUCGACGAAGAGUUCUUCAUCGUGCCAAGAAAGCUGCAAAGCGCAAGACCAAGGACAAGUCGAGUUCCGGGAGCGGAAGCUCCUCGUCGAAGGAGACCAGCGACUUUGGCGAGGAGGUGGAGGACACACUCUUGGAGGGGGAAACAAAGAUACAACGGGUAGCCCAGAGGGCUCCUGGUGCGUUGGCAUGGCAAGCCCUCACAAAGAUGCGUGCCAACCUGUUGCAAGAAGCGGGAGCCGAGCAGAAGGGAGGCUCCUUGGGACCGGUGGCCAUGCUCUACAUGAGGCAGCACGUCCAGAGGCGGGCCACAGGGCCGGCCGCCAGGGAGCUCUUGACGCUUGCAAUGGCUGCAGACAUGAUGUUGAAAGCAAGGCCCGCCAAGGCCCUCGACGUUUUACUGCAGAGAAUGAAGGCGGUAGAAGCGGGACUCAUGGGAAGUCACUGGUCAGUGACACAACGAUUGGAAGUCGGGCCGGGCGACUUGUUGAGCAUGACGGGACAAGAGGAAUUGGUUUCAGCGCAACGUGCAGCCCACACCGAAGCACGGACCCGCAUGCUCGCAUCCUACCCCGAGGGGCGAGCGAGGAGCGGGAAAGCAGACGGCAAAGGCAAAGACAAGGGUCGCGACAAGGGCAAAGGAAAAGGAGGCAAGGAGAAGGGCAAGACUCACCCCAAGGAGGAUCAGGGGCUUUACAUUGAGGUUGAACGCUUUUGUGAACUUGGAUUGAAGAGCGUGGGAGUUGAUUGGACAACGGUUUUCGCUGUUCGGGGAAUAGAUUACAAAGGUGAGGAGGUGAAGGUCGCAAAAUGGGUCACAUGGGCAAACAUCGGGCCGGCGCUGCCAAAGGAGAUUGGGGCAGUGCCGCUGGAAGAGGUCACACAGCCCAAGGUCAUGGUAGAGGAUGCUGCCUGGGGUGAGAUGCGCGCAGGGCUUGUCAAAUCGGGUGUCUGCUGUUAUCUAGAAGAGUCGGAGGUCUUCCAUAUCGGGAGUACCCCCCUCCUGAACGGACUUUUUGGCGUUUCUAAGGAGGAGUGGACACCUGAGAAUGUUGAGAUUUGCAGGUUGAUUAUGAACCUGGUGCCAUUGAAUGAGUUGUGUGAACCCCUCGGCGGAGAUGUUGACACACUCCCUUCAUGGGGCAUGAUGAAUCCUUACUUCCUCCAGCCCAAUGAGAACCUGUUAAUCUCCUCCGAAGAUGUGAAGUGCUUUUUUUAUACCAUGCAGGUGCCACGCUGCUGGACAAAGUUCUUGACAUUCAACCAGGUUGUUCCCGAUCAUGUCUUGCCACCCGAACUUCAAGGGCAUACCACCUACCUCGCGUCAAGGGUCCUACCUAUGGGGUGCCUGAACUCGGUGAGCAUUGCACAGCAUGUCCACAGGAACCUGGUACGUUGGUCAACGGUGGAAGGUAGGGCUGCGCACGUGGAUGAAGCCGAGCUGCGGAAAGAUAGGAGCUUCACCGUGGCUAACCCUUGUUGGCGUGUUUACCUAGACAACUAUGACGUUCUCGAAAAGGUAGAGGCAACUGGCAUGGUUGAAGUUGAAGGAACGGUGCCGGGAGGGAUUCUGGCACUGCGCCAGGAGUAUGAGCGAUGGGAGAUCCCGAGGAACGAGAAGAAAGCAGUGGAGCGUUCAUCCAGGUGUGAGCUUCAGGGCGCAACUGUCGACGGACUCCGUGGAGUGGCCAUACCCAAGGAGGCAAAGCAGGAGAAGUACUUCAGCCUGGCAAUCACCCUGGUGCAGCAAAGAAAGGUCAGUCAGCGCCAGAUGCAAGUCGUGUGUGGUGGACUAGUCUACUUCUCCAUGUUUCGGAGGCCAAUGUUGGGUACGCUCAACGCCGUUUGGCGCUUCAUUGAGAGCUUCAACAAUGUGGAGGCGAGGUAUCAGGUCCUGCCGCGUGAGUGUAAGUUGGAACUCAUCAGGUACCUCUGCCUUAUGCCGCUGGUCCGCAUGGACUUCCGCACGGAGGUGCACCCGAUGGUGACGUGCUCGGACGCAUCACUGAGCGGUGGAGGAGUCUGCUGCUCGUCUGGUCUGACUUCGGUGGGCACCAUGGCCGUGGAAGGUGGUCUGCGGGGGGAGAGACCUCAGCCCCUGGACUCGUUGCAAGUGGUGGUAAUAGGACUCUUCGACGGGAUUGGGGCGCUCCGGGUGGCCACUGAGCUACAAGGUGUCUCGGUCCUGGGUUACGUCUCGGUGGAGAAGGAGGCAGCAGCACGCAGGGUAGUUGAGUCCCACUACCCGGGUGUCCUUCACUAUGAUGACGUAGCAGCGGUGCAGGAUGAAGAUGUCAGGGGAUGGAGUUUAAAGUUUUCGGAAGGAGCACUGGUCUUGAUUGGGGCCGGCCCACCGUGCCAAGGCGUGUCGGGUCUCAACGCUGACCGUAAGGGAGCGCUGCGUGACGCUCGUUCCUGCUUGUACGUCCACGUCUCAAGGAUUACGCAGCUGGUCAAGGGGCACUUCCGAUGGUGCCAAGUGCAUACUUUGAUGGAGAGUGUCAGUUCGAUGGACCAAGCUGACAGGGACCACAUGAGCCGUGACUUCGGUGCGCAACCGGUGCACAUCGAUGCAGGGAACCUCUCGUGGUGUCACAGGCCACGCUUGUACUGGUGCACUUGGGAACUUGUCGAGGGAGAGGGAGCCACCCUAGACACAUCACAGUCGGUCACUGUGUGGUGGCUGGUGGCCAGGCAGGAGCUGUCGGAGGUUGUUGAAGCAGGUUGGGACAAGGUGGUACCUACUGCAUCUUUUCCUACCUUUACAACAUCCAGGCCGUCGUCGACCCCCGGAAGGAAGCCAGCAGGGUUGCGUGAGUGCGCUGCUCAUGAGCUCAAACGGUGGAGUAAUGAUCUCCAUCGGUUCCCGCCUUACCAAUAUAUGGACAGACAUAGGUUGGUCAACCGCCAAGGAGAGCUCCGCGUGCCAACAGUCGCUGAGCGUGAGGUCAUGCUAGGUUUCCCGGCUCACUAUACGGCAGGGUGCUGUUCCAAAGGCGAUCGCAAGAAAGAGGGAUACCUGGAUCGGAGGCUUACAUUGCUUGGCAACUCAUCGAGCGUACCGGUGGUUGGGUGGCUCCUAAGCCAGUUGAUCUCGCGUCUCGUGGGUGGCACACCCAUGACCCCUCAGGAGGUGGUUGAUAAGAUUCGUCCUGGAACCGCCGAGAGCAUCCAGGGGCGGUUGGUCAGGUUGCCCCUGCGUCGUGCCCAACCGGGGGCAGGAUCGGAGCAGGAGUUGGCCUUCAAGUUGUGCAAUAUGGUGAGCGUGAAGGGUGAGGACAUAUUGCUGACCACUCCGAGUACACAACUGGUUAAAUUUCAUCGGUUGAGAGCCACCAUCCCGGCGAAACUCUGGCGAUGUGUGGUGACGGGAUGGAAGUGGCGCAGAACCAGUUCUAGGCGCCUAAGGGCAACUAUGUCACGCAUCAACGCUCUUGUUCUCUGUUCCAACGCGCAGUUCUUUUGGGCAUAUGUGUCUACCGACACGAACCCGGCGGACAAGCCAAGCCGUUGGGAGAACCUCCACCUUCCUACUGAUAGGCGUCGUCUUGACCCGUUGGUUUGUGACUACCUCGAACACCUCUGGUCUGGCUGGCGUGUGACACGCUGGCCGGCUUACAGGACAUUCAGCCUGGACUGCGUAACCAUAUGCCGGCAGCCUGGAGGCUCCUGCGUACAUGGCAGCACAAUGAAAUACCAAGCCGAGCGCCGCCCUUGCCUGAGCAUGUCGUGCAGGCGAUGGCCGGAUGGGCAAUUUUUAAUAACCACCAUGCCUUUGCACUUUCACUGCUGA